AUGAGACUCGCUAGUUUAGUUAAACCGCUGUUGCGCGUUAAUAUUAAAAGUAGAACGCAUGUUGUUCAGAAUUAUGCAACAAGUGCCUCAGAAGUUGAAGAAAUUGCAUUCGAUACCAAAGACUAUGUAGACUUCAAGAAACAAUUGCGUCAGCAGAAUAUUUAUAAUAAAGACGGCCACACGUGCCUACAGCUCGAAUGCCGGCUAUGUGAAUGCAACAAUAAAAACACAAACAAACGUGAGACGCAGCCGGCAAAAACAAAUGCCGCAAUACAACUGCGCAGUGUGUUACAUGGACCAUUAGCGUAUAUUAACAAACGAACGGGCGCAUUUCUGUGCCCCAGCUGCGAUGUGAAGGCGUCGCUGUCACAGGCCUUGGCGGCAUAUGAGACGCAGAAAUAUUUGGCAAUUACUAAAGAGCAGUACACGUCACGCUUUCCAAAUCUAAUAAGCGUCACACCGGAAGCCUGUGAAGUGCUAGGACUGCGCGGUCUGAAGGAAUCCCAGCUGAACGGAAUUGGCGCGCAUUUAGAGCCCGAGCAACAGCUGCUCGUAUUUCCAUUGCAUAAUGCUGCGAAUAAAGUGGUGGGUGAAAAGGUUUUAAAUCUAAAUAAUCGUAGCGAACAGACUUAUCAAGGCAGCAUUAGCUCCGGCCUGCUCAUACAUGGAGCGCAGAACAAAAAUAAGGCAGUGCUCGUGAGCAAUUUGCAGGACUUUAUAGUGCUGGCCACACAGCCUUUGGAAACUCAUUGUAUUAUUUGCUUGCCUUAUGCGCUGCAGCUAUUGCCGCAGGAAUCCCUGCCAGCAUUGGAGCGUUUCAAGGAGCUAGUCUUUUGGCUGCAUUGUGAUAGCAGCAGCUGGGAUGCAGCGCGUUCGUUAGCACAGAAAAUGGACGAGAAACGCUGCUUGUUGAUACGUCCCACUGAAACUGAGCCGGCACCGCAUUUAGCAUUACGCAAACGUCUAAAUUUGCGGCAUAUACUGGCUAAGGCGACGCCAGUGCGUCAUAAAUCCAUUACCACCUUCAAUGCGCUGCGUAAUGAAAUUCUCAGCGAGCUGCAGAAUAUUGAGAAAGUAAAUGGCGUCAAGUGGAAACGUUUUCCCGUGCUUAACAAGCUGUUAAAAGGUCAUCGCAAAGGCGAGCUUACCAUACUAACGGGACCCACAGGCUGUGGCAAGACCACCUUUGCCAGUGAGUACUCCUUGGAUUUGGCUCUGCAAGGCGUAAGCACGCUUUGGGGUUCAUUUGAAAUACGCAACACACGAUUGGCUGCCACUCUGCUGCGUCAGUUUGUUGGAUAUCCAUUGGAUGACAAGCUGCAUGAGUUUGAUCACUGGGCCAAGGAGUUUGAGCGCAUGCCACUUUACUUUAUGACUUUUCAUGGCCAGCAACCGCUCAAGCCUGUGUUGGAGGCCAUCCAACAUGCGCAAUAUGUGCACGACAUUUCCCAUGUGAUUAUUGAUAAUCUGCAGUUUAUGAUGGGCGUCUCGUCCUUUCGUGGUGAUAAGUUUUGGGAGCAGGAUUCCAUUAUAGCAGCAUUUCGUGACUUUGCAACAAAGCACAAUGUGCAUGUGACUUUGGUUAUGCAUCCACGCAAAGAACGCAUUGAGGAUGAACUUACAACCAGCUCAGUUUUCGGCACAGCUAAGGCUACACAGGAGGCGGACAAUGUGCUCAUUAUACAGGACAAGCGCUUAACCUCAGUGCGUGGUAAAAAGUAUUUGCAAAUAGCCAAAAAUCGUUAUAGCGGUGAUUUGGGCAUCAUGCCACUGGACUUUGAUAAGGAAGCGCUCAGCUAUGCUAGCUCAGCGCAUAGACUACGCUCACAAAAAGCUGUGCCAAAGUAGUUAAGGUCAGAACUAUUUAAUUAUAUACUAUAAGUUUGUACACUAGGCUUAUGAUCAAUGCGUUGUUACUAAAUAUUAAAAUUGCAUAUUACGUAGA